AAUCGACAUUGUGCAAUUUUUCCACAGUCCAAGGAAGAGGAGCAGAGGCUGAAAUACCUGGAGUUUGUGCAAGUAGCUGCGGUUCACGCUGCACUGUGCUUCUUGAACGUCUAUGCUUAUGCCAAGGAGCGGUCGGGUCCUUUGAAGCCUGGAGUGGAGACCGUGGAGGGAACGGUCAAGACUGUGGUCGGACCCGUUUACGAUAAGUUCCAUGAUGUCCCGAUCGAGGUCCUCAAAUUUGUUGACCGCGAGAUUGUUGAGUCGAUGAUCAAGAUCGACAGCCGUGUACCACCCGUUGUCAAACAAGUUUCUGCCCAGGCCGUGUCAGUGGCUCAGCAGGCUCCUGUGGCAGCUCAAGCCAUGGCUCAUGAGGUCAAGCGGGCUGGCGUGGUCGACACUGCCUCUGGAAUUGCAAAGUCUGUGUACACCAAGUGUGAACCAACUGCUAAGGAUCUGUACUCUAAGUACGAGCCGAAGAUGGAGAAAUGCGCCGUGUCCGCUUGGCGCAAGCUGAAUCAGCUUCCUCUCUUCCCUCACAUGGCUCAAGUCGUUGUGCCAACCGCAUCCUACUGUACCGAGAAGUACAAUGAGACAGUGCGCAACACUGCAGAGAAAGGGUACAAGGUUUCCAAUUAUCUCCCCAUUGUCCCUACUGAGAGGAUCGCGAAGGUGUUCAUGGGAGGCGCUCCGGAAAUGGAGCCGCUGCUCCCUGCUGGAGGUGAAGCCGACGUUGCUGCGCAUUGAUUUCAGUACAAGUAUUGUUGAUCUUAUAUUCGGUGAUAUGUUCGAUUGAAAUGUUAAUGGUGUCUGUGGACCUCUGGUUAGUAAUAUUGUGGCCGAUGUUUUGUAAGGGUCUCAUCUGAAUGUUGCGUUCUCCAUGCGAAUUCGAGUUGUUUGUUUUUUUGAGCUACGGGUUUGUUCGAUGUA